AGCCCUAACUUCUUUGUUGGCCACUCUUGCAAAUUGGGCCGCUUUGAACUCGUCCAUUAUUUUCUUCUAGAUGAUUGAUUAAACUGAACUGAAGUCUCUUAAAUUGACUAGUCUUCCCUAUUCAUCAGUCUUCCCAGAUCAACCCCUCAUAAAUCUCUGAACCUGCAAAACAGAACAUUCCACCAGUUCUGCACAGUGGUCAAACUCAAACACUGCAAACCAAAGCCAAAGAUGGCCCCUUUUCUCGGUUCUGUUCUUCUCUUCCUUACCCUUUUUUCCUUGUUUUGAAUAAUGAAAAUAAAAAACCAAAACCCUGCACAGUAAAACCCUUAUAUUAACCCUUCUCCAUCAUUGACCUGCUCUCCUUCUUCGCCUUGAUCCUCACGUUUUUCUUCUUCUGCGUCUUAAUUCUCAACUCUUAUAUAACUCCCCACAAAACCCUGAAACUCCUUUAAACCAAUAAUAAUGCGCGGCCUUCAGUCCAACUCAGCAUGAAUAACAUCUCUCACAGCUCCUCCUCUUCCUCGUCCGUCAACUCCGCCUCAAUUUCCGCCUCCGAUCCGAAUGUGGGCCAGAGCCGGAGUGCUGACGGCAGCCAAACCAUGGCGGCGGAGUCGUCACGGCGGUGGCGUGAUGUGUUCUGGUUGGGAAUAUUUAUGAUUCAUUUGGUUUUGGUGGGAGGUGCCCUGGCGGUUUUGGGGAUCAAUAGGUUUAAGAAAUCAGAUAGGCUAAACUUAGAUAGGUUCACCAAAAAGUACUUGGAAAAUCAGAAGGGUUUGACUGAGGAUUAUUGGCCGCUUUAUGCUCUAGCUGGUGGAGUUGGGACUGUUCUUGGAUGGACUUGGUUGUUGUUUCUUGGAUCUCAGGCGGGUAACAUGAUGAAGAUUGCGGUGCAUAUCUUGACCACUUAUCUUGCUGUGCUCAGUGUUCUGUGUUUUUGGAUGGAGCAGUUCUUCUGGGGGGUUGCAUUUGCGAUUGGUGCUGGUUUGUUGUUCCUGUAUUUAUUGGCAGUUGUAGACAGACUACCCUUUACCAUGCUGGUGCUACAAGCAGCUGUCAAGAUGGUAUGGAAUCUCCCUGAAGUUAUGAGGGUAGCAUAUGCAUUCAUGCUUAUUAUGCUUUUAUGGAUGGGUAUAUGGUCCUUUGGGGCAGCUGGUGUUGUAGCUUUAGGCAUUGGAGAUGGUGGACGCUGGUGGCUUCUUGUGGUUCUCUCUGUAAGCUUAUUUUGGACGGGUGCUGUUCUCUGUAAUACUGUGCAUGUUAUUGUGUCUGGGAUGGUGUUUCUUGUUCUAUCCCAUGGUGGUCGAGAGGGCUCAUCAAUACCUCCAAAGUCACUAAUGAAGUCUCUUCGGUAUGCAGUCACCACUUCUUUUGGCAGCAUCUGCUAUGGAUCACUUUUCACAGCUGCCAUUCGGACUUUGCGCUGGACGAUCAGGGGAGUCCGGUCUAAGAUUGGCAACAAUGAGUGUCUACUUUGCUUUGUCGAUUUCCUCUUUCAUCUCGUGGAGACACUUGUCCGAUUCUUUAACAAGUAUGCCUACGUCCAGAUAGCUGUUUCUGGCAAAAAUUUCAAUCAUUCAGCGAGGGAUGCUUGGGAGUUAUUUCAGUCUACUGGAGUUGAGGCACUCAUUGCCUAUGAUUGCUCAGGUGCGGUAUUAUUGAUGGGCACAUUGUUGGGUGGGCUUAUUACCGGAACUUGCUCGGGGAUCUGGACAUGGAUUAAAUAUAAGGACAGAGUGGCUAUGGUCGGGUCCACUGCAAUGUUGAUGGGAAUGAUCUUGGUGGGAAUAGCAAUGGUGGUUGUGGAGAGCGCCGUUACAUCUAUCUAUAUCUGUUAUGCUGAAGAUCCAUUGUUAAUACAUAGGUGGGAUGCUGAAUUCUUCAAUCAGAUGUCGGAGAUGCUACACCAGCGUCUUCAAUAUAGGAGUGCCCGGGCAAGGGAAGUAUUAACCCACAAUCGGGUUGAUAACCACCAAACACUUGAAACGUUCCCUUUUUGAAUAAUCACUCGUCUCAUAAAUUGUACAAUGUAAUUAAUAGCUCUAUAGUUACUCAUCCAACGCAAAUCCUUUUGAUUUUGGUUAUAGGAUAGCUGAUCUUUGGUUAGCUCUAUAGUUACUCAUCCAACGCAAAUCUUGACCGAUAGGCGGCUCAGCGAUUGGGGUCCGAGUUCAAAAGAAGUUGGUCAAUUAGGUUUAAAGCUACACAGAUUAGAGCAGGCGAGCAACUUCAAUUGUUUAACUUGGUCAUUGAUUGCCUUUGUAUGACAUUUUCAUCUCUCCUUUUGUGUUGGCCUCCUGGUUAAGCACUUAAAUGUAACUUUUGAAUUUGUCUAUUGCACAACCACAAUCUUAUUUAGUCAUUAUUGUUCAGCCACAAAGCUGGGGCA